CCCAAGCCAAAGCCUUCUACCUUCGAACGGUUUUUAAUUUUUUUAUAGUCUUCUUCCUCAGGGCUAAGCUUUUGCGCAGAUCAAAUCAGUUUCUUCAGUAAACCCUAAAUUCUUCCGAUGUCGAUCUUCGAGUACAAUGGCAGUGCUCUGGUUGCCAUGGUCGGCAAAAACUGCUUCGCAAUCGCCAGCGACCGGAGACUUGGUGUUCAACUCCAAACUAUCGCCACCGAUUUUCGGAGGAUUUACAAAAUGCACGAUCGUCUCUUUAUCGGUCUCUCUGGCCUCGCCACCGAUGCCCAAACCUUGUACCAGCGGCUCGUGUUUCGGCACAAAUUAUAUCAGCUUAGAGAAGAGAGGGAUAUGAAACCUGAGACGUUUGCCAGCCUUGUCUCCGCGAUUCUCUAUGAGAAAAGGUUCGGUCCAUACUUCUGUCAACCUGUAAUCGCUGGCCUGGGAGACGAAGACAAGCCAUUCAUUUGCACAAUGGAUUCAAUUGGUGCCAAGGAAUUGGCAAAAGAUUUUGUUGUAGCUGGUACUGCCUCUGAGUCUCUCUAUGGUGCCUGUGAGGCAAUGUUCAAGCCUGAUAUGGAGCCUGAAGAAUUGUUUGAGACUGUUUCUCAAGCACUUCUUGCUUCAGUAGAUCGUGAUUGUUUGAGUGGUUGGGGAGGACAUGUCUAUGUUGUUACUCCUACUGAAGUAAAGGAAAGGAUCUUGAAGGGAAGGAUGGACUGAGCAGUGAGAAGAUCCAAAAGCCAAGCCUUGCUCACUUUGUCAGCCUCCAGUUUCUUUCUAAUUGUCAAUUAUAGAUCCUUCUGGUACUUGUUGCUAAAUCAAGGCUACCAUCCCGUACUUCUUGAAUCUUAUGUUAAGGCUUGAUAAAUUCAUAGAAAUUGGAUCAUUGAAAUUGGAUCAUUUCUACAAUCUAAUUGUCAUGAAUUUGAUGUUAACCCUUUGUUCAAGUUGGAUUUACAAGGCAUGCAUGAUUGUAUUGAU